AAAGACGCAGGGAAGAUACUGAGCAUAUGACAGCGGUCUCUGCUCUGUCUCUGCAUCAACAUCCUCCGCUGGACUGCUGAGGGUCCAGAUAACGGCAAAUAACACUUUUUAUUUGUCUUUGGUUGUUUUCUUUUCUCUCAUACGGAUUUGAGAACGCCAAAGCUUGAACAUGACACAUUUGGGAGUCGUGUUGCUGUUGGGUUGCACGGCACUAUGUGCUCAGGGAAUGAGGAGAGAGUACUUUUUCAAGAUAGAGGAGGUGUCUUGGAACUAUGCACCGAGCGGGAGGAAUGUCAUACAGAAUCGAACGCUGCAGGAGGACGACGAGGCCUCUGUGUUUUUAGUAAAACGUCCCCAGCGUAUUGGCCCGGCCUACAAAAAGGCUGUUUACAAACAGUACAGCGACGCCACCUACAGGACAGAGGUGCAAAAGCCAGAUUGGCUGGGCUACCUGGGACCCCUGCUGAUGGCCGAGGAGGGGGACACGAUGAUCGUCCAUCUGAAAAACUCAGCUUCCAGACCUUACAGCAUCCACCCGCAUGGACUCAACUACACCAAAGACAAUGAGGGAGCCUUGUAUCCAGACGGCACAGGGCCAGAGAUGAAGAGAGGUGACGCGGUGGCUCCUGGCACAACAGUGACCUAUGAGUGGACCCUCCCAGAAUCCCACAGCCCAACUCCUGAGGACAGCAACUGUAUGACCAGGUUCUACCAUUCUCAUGUCCGCACCCCAAAAGAUAUCAACUCAGGACUUAUAGGACCUCUUCUCAUCUGCAAGCGAGGAACUCUGGACGUCCAUGGCGACAGGGCAGCAGACUACACGUACGCGCUGUUGUUCAUGGUGUCAGACGAGAACCUCAGCUGGUACCUGGAUGACAACAUCAGGACGCACAUCACAAAUCCCAUCCGAGACCUUAAGGAGGAUGAAGAUUUUAUUGAGAGCAACAAGAUGCACGGAAUAAAUGGUUUUCUUUACGGUAACCUACCUGGACUGAGCAUGUGUCAAGGCAACAAGAUCCACUGGCACCUGUUUGGCCUAGGAAACGAGGUGGACAUGCAUUCAGUUCACUUCCAUGGGCAGAUCUUGACCACCGUGAACCACCACACAGACAUGGUCAGCCUUUUCCCUGCUUCCAGCACCACUGCUGAAAUGGUGGCUGACAACCCCGGACACUGGCUGCUGACGUGCACUGUCAAUGAUCAUCUGAUGGCUGGAAUGCAGGCUUUGUUUGAAAUCAAGAAGUGCCUCCCCAAUGUUAAUAAGCCCCGUCCUCACGGUGAGCUCAGGCAGUUCUUCAUUGCGGCUGAAGAAGAGAUCUGGGAUUAUGCACCUGUAGUGCCAGGUGAAAGUGAGGCAGAGACAUUUGUAACUAGAGGUCCAAGCCGCAUCGGGAGCAGGUAUAAGAAGGCUCGAUAUGUGGAAUAUACUGACAACACCUUCACAACAAAGAUGCUACGCGACCAGGACGAGGCACACCUUGGAAUUCUGGGUCCCGUCCUGCGAGCUGAAGAGAAAGACACAAUUAAGGUGGUUUUUAAGAACAAAGCCAGCAGGCCUUACACGAUACAGCCACACGGAGUUCAGUACAGUAUAGAACAGGAUGGCACACUUUACUACAAUGAACUAGAAGAGUCACACACAGCGAAGAAGCUGCGGGAGCUCAAGAGAGAGCCGAGGGUGGUGACUCCUCCCCCAGCUGCUCUGGUCAGACCUGGGACCGUGUACACCUACGAGUGGACAGUCCCUGUGGGCGCAGGUCCAGUGCGAGGGGAGCCCGACUGUCUGAGCUAUCUGUACUACUCGGCGGUGGACCCUGUUAAAGACACAAGCUCUGGAUUGGUCGGGCCUCUUCUUGUCUGCAGACCUGGAUCUCUGAAGAAAGGGAAACAGAAGAACUACAACAAAGAGUUUCAUCUCAUGGCCACAGUGUUUGAUGAGAACCUGAGCUGGUAUCUGGAUGACAACAUCCGGACUUUCGCCACGGCCCCUAACACGGUCAACAAGGUGAACGAGGGCUUCAUAGAGAGCAACAAAAUGCAUGCAAUCAAUGGGUUUGUGUACAGGAAUCUGCCUGGCCUGACCAUGUGUAAGGGGGAUAAAACCACGUGGCACCUGUCUGGGCUGGGCACGGAGACAGACAUUAUCACCCUUUACUUCCAGGGAAACCGGUUCCUCUACCGCCAGAACAGAAAGGACACCAUCAGCGUUUUUCCUCACAUCUCACACACAGUUACUAUGGAGCCAGACAGCAUGGGUCAGUUUGAAGUGGUUUCUGCCACAGUGGACCAUUACCGAGGUGGGAUGCGAGCCAACUACACAGUGGAGAAGUGUAGCAUUUUUCAGCGUCAGAAUGAGAUAAUGCUCCAUACCAAGACCUUCUACAUAGCGGCUGUGGAAAUAGACUGGGACUACUCUCCCAACCGCACCUGGGAGGCCGAGAUGUUCAGAGGCCAUGAAAACAAUCCUGCCACUGUGUUUCUGGACAAACGUGAUGGGUUUAUCGGCUCUGUUUACAAGAAGGUUGUCUACCAGCAGUUUACUAAUGACAAGUUCACCAAGAAAGUGGAGCGAACACCUGAUAUGGAUCAUCUUGGAAUUAUGGGUCCAAUGAUUCAUGCCUCAGUGGGCGACAAAGUUAAGGUGGUUUUUAAGAACAUGGCAUCCAGACCCUAUUCCAUCCAUGCCCACGGGGUGAAGACAGAAUCUCCUGAUGUCCACCAAACCGGACCAGGUGAGACUCACACGUAUACCUGGUACGUCAACAAGAACACAGGACCCACCAUGGAUCAAGAAGAGUGUUCUGUGUCAGCAUAUUACUCGACUGCUGAUGUCGCGAAGGACCUGUACAGUGGACUGAUUGGUCCGUUGGUGAUCUGCCGCCGUAGCUGGGGCAGGUCUCUCGGGCUAAAGAAGGAAGUAGAGGAGUUUGCGCUGCUUUUCUUGGUUUUUGAUGAGAAUGAAAGCUGGUAUUUGGAUGAAAACAUUCGGAGGAAUAUCCGGAACCCUCGUCCAAACCUGAAGGAUGAUGACGCAUUCAUUGAGAGCAACAAAAUGCACGCGAUUAAUGGUUAUAUGUAUGGCAACCUGAAUGGGUUGAACAUGGAGGUGGGAGAUAAGGUGUACUGGUACCUGAUGGGGAUGGGCAAUGAAGUGGACAUACACACCAUACACUGGCACGGUCACAGUGUGGAAUAUAAGCUGGGUGGAGGACCUCACCGUGUUGACUCGUAUGAGCUGUUCCCAGCCAUCUUUCAGACAGUGAAGAUGCGCCCUCAGUACCCCGGGUCCUGGCUGCUCCACUGUCACGUUACUGACCACAUUUCAGGUGGAAUGGUGACCUCGUACACAGUCACUGAAAAAGCAAAAAGGGGUGGAAUCUUUGGCUGAGCUGCUGACGGACGCGGAACCAGACAGAACCUUACUAAACCAAGUUUAAUGUUCGUUUUACCCACUUACUGAUUGUUUUAUAACAGACUUCUAAUGUAAAUAGGGACUGGUAGGAACUGGAACAAUUAAUCAUUUUCAAAUAAAAAGUCGUUUUUACUUAUA